AUGGGGGCCACUUCUCCUUCAGGCCUGGAGCUCACCAUGGCUGUCCCCGGCCUCAGCUCCUCCUCUGGCUCAGGUAAGCUCGGAAGAGCACCUACCAGCUGUUUUCCUUCCCCGUCUCCCUCCUACAACUGCAAGUAUAGCUUCCGCUGGAAAAGUUGGAUCGUCUUCUCCGUUCAUGAGGGGUUUGUUUGCAACAACAAUAUCAGCAACAACGGUGGCGGGAACAUGAGGGACCUGGACAUGAACCAGCCGGCGAGCGGCGGCGAGGAGGAGGAUUUCCUGAUGGGCGGCGUGGAAGAGGACGAGGAGGAGCGGGGCGCCGGCGGACCGCACCGCCCAAAGAAGCUCCGCCUCUCCAAGGAGCAGUCCCGCCUCCUCGAGGAGAGCUUCCGCCUCAACCACACCCUCUCACCGAGCACGAUGAGAACCCUGCCAUGGGGUCGGACAACCACUGAUCCAUUAUAUGUCCCAUUCAUGGGAAAUCAAGAUAAGUGGUACCCUCCGGCACAUUACUCGUUAUUAGUGGCAUUAGAGAAGCAAAAGGAGGCCUUGGCGAUCAAACUGAAGCUGCGGCCCAGGCAGGUGGAGGUCUGGUUUCAGAACCGCAGGGCAAGGACUAAGCUGAAGCACACGGAGAUGGAGUGCGAGUACCUGAAACGCUGCUUCGGCUCGCUGACGGAGGAGAACCGCCGCCUGCAGCGGGAGGUGGAGGAGCUGAGGGCGAUGCGCAUGGCGCCGCCCACGGUGCUCUCGCCGCACACACGCCAGCCACUCCCGGCGUCCGCGCUCACCAUGUGCCCCCGCUGCGAGCGCGUCACCGCUGCCACCUGCCCGCGGAUCACCCGCCCGGCCGCCUCGCCGUUCCACCCUCGCCGCCCCUCAGCGGCGUUUUAG